AGAACAUGGAUUCACAGAAGGAUGUUCAGCCUCCAAAGCAGCAGCCCAUGAUUUACAUUUGUGGAGAAUGUCAUACAGAAAAUGAAAUAAAGGCAAGAGAUCCUAUCAGAUGCAGAGAAUGUGGCUACAGAAUAAUGUACAAGAAAAGGACAAAAAGAUUGGUGGUUUUUGAUGCCCGAUGAUUUCUGCUGAAGAUGUAGUGACUUUAUGCUGCAGUUUAAUCUUUCCGAUAACUUUGCUCUGUAAAUCUAUUGGUGUACAAAUGCACACUCUUACUUGUGUUUUACGAUAUUGAAAUAUUAAAGUUUACUGUGGUACUAAA